AGGAGGAAGAGAGGAAAGAGAGAACUCACACAAGUUCAGGGAAAGAAGAGAUACAGGAGACAAAGAAUGAAAACCCAGAGCAACAACAACACCAAAAUGAACCGAAUCACAACCAUCAAUCUGAUCUUCUCAGCUCUCUGUCGUCUGUCUGCUUGUGCUCCUCAUCACUUUCACCUUAUUAAUAAAAUGAAGAGCUGGACCGAAGCUCAGCGCUACUGCAGAGAGACGUACACUGACCUGGCUACUGUCCACAGCAUGGACGAGAUGAAGGAGCUGAAUGAGACCUUAACGAAUUCCUCCUUUCCUCGACCUUCUGUUUGGAUUGGACUGCAGAGAGGGGUCACUAAGAAGUGGAUGUGGUCACUGGCCGACACAGAGUUUUAUAAACAGGGAGAGACGGAGUUUAGAAAGUGGGAGACAGGAGAACCCAGUGAUUCAACUACUGAUCUGGACUGUGCUGCACGGUACAGUAGUGACGGCCUUUGGCGUGAUGAGAACUGUAAUCAGUCACACAGCUUUGUUUGUUAUGAUGGAGUUACAGACUCUUACCAGAUCUUUAAAGAAAAUAAGACAAGCUGGCGUGAAGCUCAGAGGUUCUGCAGAGAGAGGUACACAGACCUGGCCAGUGUGAGGAACGACAGUGAGAACAGUAAUGUUUCCGCAAGUUUCCAUACCUGGAUCGGUCUGUUCAGAGACUCGUGGACGUGGUCAGAUCAGAGCAACUCUUCAUUCAGACACUGGACAUCAGACCAACCUGACAAUCUUAAUGGAAGUGAGGGCUGUGCGGCUGUUCGGACGAUUGGAGCAGAUUUCGGUCAGUGGGAGGAUCUGGACUGUGAUGAGCAGAUGGCAUUUGUGUGCAGAGAGAGUGAUCUGGUUCUGGUCCGAGAGAAUCUGACGUGGAGUGAAGCUCUGAAACACUGCAGAGAGAACAACAUGGAUCUGGUCUCGGUGCACUCUGAGGAGAUCCAGAGGUCGGUGGUGGAGGUGGCCAAAAACGCCUCCACUAGUCACGUAUGGCUGGGUCUGCGUCACACCCGUGCUCUAGAUCUGUGGUUCUGGGUGAGUGGAACAUUCACCUGCUAUGAUAACUGGGCUCUUGGUAACGGGACAGGCGUCGAAGACUGCAGCACUGGAGAGAGAACCGGAGCAGUGCAGACUGGAGGAGAGCAGAAGUGGGUCAGUCUGCCGGAGAAUCAGACUCUCAACUUCAUCUGCAGCAGAUAUUAAGGAUUUUAAAAUGGGAAUUUCAUAUUGUGAUGGGUGAAGACUGAAGAGAUUGAUCCCUGAUCCCAAACUUUUUUCCAGGUUCUGUAGUUUUCAACUGAGAGUCAUUUUCUUAUGGUAUUCACACUGCAGACAAAGUGUUUUACCCAUUUUAAUACUGUUUUCUGAUUUGUGCUCAUUGGAGCUCUAAGAACAGCUUUAGUAAAGGAAAAUUUAACAUCUCAAUAUGAGCGUAGAGUGGGGAAAGUCGAUUUUUAUUUGCAUUUUAAACCUAAUGUAGCUGUUGGGAAAAAAGCCUUACACGUUUUUCAUUUUUAAAUUUGAAACUACAGUUUAAAUUUUGUGAAAAUUUCAUGGUG